AUGGGAACAUAUUUCGCACAAACCAGGCAUAGCCUUCAAGAGGGCUAUGAAGAGCCAUUACCAAACUCCGUCUCAGGAAGAAACUGCCUAGAAGCUGGCCGCACUUUUGAAGGGCGACUCGAAAGAAUUUGCCCUGGGCAAAUGCAGACGCCAAGAGCGCCGCGCGAGGGGAGGCCACCAGAGGGCGAGUUCAAAUACAUUCAAGAGGCGGUGGACUUGCUCGGAACUCCUUUCGAGCGCGUCUUCAAGCUCGACGAAAGUCAAACUACCUUCAUCUCCCCUGCACUGAUGCAGGGUGUUCCCGUUGAGAAAAUGGAGGAGCAUGGCGAACACUGGCAGAGCAGUUGGCGUUCGAUCGAUAUGUGGACGGAUCAUACAAAGGAUCCCCAAAAACCCACUGUAAAGAGGAAAAAGAGUGAAUGUGAGAGGGUCAUGGCUAAAUUUGGCCCCGACUCGGAAUUUCACCCGAACCAGCUUUUGACAGUGGUUGCUAUACCCGGCGACGGAUUGUGCAACUCAAGGCUGCCCGUGGACAUCUGCCCAUAUCUGGAGACUCUCCAGCCGUUACAUGAUGCAGGAGUCCUCAAGAUGCGCCCUGUGGACUUCAUUCGGUGGAGGCUCAUUGACAAUCUGAGUCGAAGAAAAAAGAAUGUUUGGCCAAAACCGGUCAAAUCAGCCGUUCGCAGUCUUCAGUCUGGCUCUGGAGAGACUCGUGAUGACCUCAUGAGAUACGCAAUGAGGUUGGGAAACUUGGAUCCUAUUGAAUGGGAAGCGUUCAUGGAGGAGCAUCGACGCAAGAACCCAACAAACUGGAAAUUAAGUUCAGGUUUCCGCAUUACCAUAGAUCUUCUUCUGCUCGCUGGGAUUUGCAUUUUGUUGGUGUUCGCCCUUAAGCGUUCUUAA